AUGGAGGACGUUAAAACAACUGUCUCUGAAAAGGAGCUGACUCAGUUGGCACAGAUCCGACCAUUAAUGUUCAACCACCCUUCACAGUCUGCUAUGAGGGAUUGUCUGAAAAUGCUCCAGAAAAAAGAUGAAUAUGAUAUCAUCCGUGAGUUUUUGGAGUUAGAACAAAUGACUGUGCCUGAUGACUUCAACUGUGGGAAUGAACUACUCAACAAAGACAAAAACAGAUACCGAGAUAUUCUUCCAUAUGAUUCAACACGUGUUCCUCUUGGAAAAAACAAAAACUACAUCAAUGCUAGUUAUAUUAGAAUAGAAAAUGAUGAAGAAGAGUAUUUUUAUAUUGCUACUCAAGGACCACUGCCAGAGACUAUAGAAGACUUCUGGCAAAUGGUUAUGGAAAAUAAUUGUAAUGUUAUUGCUAUGAUAACCAGAGAGAUAGAAGGUGGAGUUAUCAAGUGUCAGAGGUACUGGCCCAUUUCUCUGAAGGAACCUUUGGAAUUGAAACACUUGAGCAUCCUUCUGGAGAACUGCCAGAUAACUCAAUAUUUCAUCAUUCAAAUAUUUCAAAUUGUGAAGAAGUCCACAGGAAUGAGUCACCGUGUAAAACACUUGCAGUUCACAAAAUGGCCAGACCAUGGCACUCCUGCCUCAGCGGACUUUUUCAUCAAAUACGUCCGUUAUGUGAGGAAGAGCCACAUCUCAGGACCCCUGGUUGUUCACUGCAGUGCUGGUGUAGGCCGUACGGGGGUGUUCAUAUGUGUGGAUGUUGUGUUCUGUGCCAUCGAGAAGAAUUUGUCUUUCAACAUUAUGAACAUAGUGACCCAGAUGAGAAAACAGCGUUGUGGCAUGAUCCAAACAAAGGAGCAGUAUCACUUUUGUUAUAAAAUUGUGCUUGAAGUUCUUCAGAAUCUUCUGGCUUUGAGUUAA